CCAUCAUCAUUCUCCAUUCCAUUAAGCUUUUUCCGGCACUUUUAGGUUUUCUUUUCGUUUUGUACGGGCGAGAAAAUUGGUAAUCACUAUUUGAAGGUGCGGACGGAGUAAAUUCAAUUUCGUGAUCAAAGACAACAAACGACAAAGAGAUAAAUCAGCUUAGUUAUCUAUAACUGAUCGGCGAAGUCAACCACAAGAAGAUAAAUCAGUAGCCUAGUUGUUUAUAACUGAUUGACUUAAAUUAAUAAAGUCAAUAGACGAUUUUUUCAGAGUCGAACUUGUAAUAUUGUAAUUACUAAGUUAACAAUAGUUUGACCAAUUUGAUUUAGAUUACGAGGCGGAAAUGAGCAGUGCCGGAGGGGAAGAGUCGCAGAGGAGAUACAGAGGCGUUCGCCGCCGGAAAUGGGGAAAAUGGGUGUCGGAGAUAAGGGUUCCGGGCACCCAGGACCGCCUUUGGCUGGGAACCUACGCCACCCCGGAGGCCGCGGCGGUGGCGCACGAUAUCGCGUCCGUUUGCCUGAGAGAAACGGCGUCGUUGGACAAGCUGAAUUUUCCGGCGCUGAUGCCGCCGGCCGGCGUCGGCCGGGGGAUGUCGCCGCGGUCGGUGCAAAAGGUGGCCUCCGACGCCGGCAUGGCCGUGGACGCGCAUCAACGCCUCCUACUGCAACCGCCGCAGGCGGUGGAGUUAAGUGGCGGAGUAGAGAAUAGAUGGGGUGGCGGCGAGGCGGCGGAAGAGAUUUUCCGGUGGGCGGAGACGCCGUGUUGUUCGUCGCGAGAAGGGAGCGGAAUUAGUGAAGAAGCUUUGAGUAUUUCAGUUGAUGAUUAUUUAGUUUAGAAGUUAAUUACAAGUUAAAAUAAUUUUAAUUUUAAUUUCUUAUAUAUUACAAGCUUUUAUGUACUCAUACAGGAAGGAAAUUCGCGGUCGAUUUAUGUAAGCAUGUAAGUCACAUGUUUAAUCCCCAAUUCCUUCUUAUAUGUAUUGAAGAUUUACAUGUAUGAAAAAAAAAACAAUUACACAUAUUAUUAAAUGUGAAAUUUGGUGUGUUAGUGGUGCA